CUCUUCUCUUAUCGCACCUAUUCGUAUCGACAAGUUAUAGAUAUUGUUUGUACAAUUAUUAGAUAAAUGCGAAACUUGUUCAAUUUUCCGGAAAAACUGUUGUCAUUGCUUGAACAAAUUGUCACGGCAACUGCGUACUAGCUACUUUACAUUGUUCCAUCAAUCGUUUAGAACAUCAAUUUCGCUUCAGUUCACUUCAGGAAGUCAAAGCAACAGUUUCGAAAUUAAAUUAUAAAAUGAGACCGCAAAGCGCAAUGUCCCGUCAAGAAUCCGAAUUGGCGAGUAAAAGUCGUCGAGAACUUGUAGCAGAAGGCUCGAAAGGAGAUCCCAUAAAAAGACUUCGACUUUUGUGUCUUUCAAGAGGCGCAACAGGAAUUUUGGGCUUAGGCCGACUUUUUAGAAACAUGGAUGACGAUGGUAACAAACAGUUAAAUUUCGAUGAAUUUUUAGUCGGUUUACGAGAGGUUGGAUUGGAAAUAACCGCCGAAGAGGCUAAAACGAUGUUCGAAAGUUUCGACAAAGAUAACAGUGGAGGUGUUAAUAUGGACGAAUUUUUGAUAGCAAUUAGACCUCCAAUGUCCGAGUCACGAAUUAAAGUAAUUCAAGAAGCAUUUAAAAAGAUGGAUAAAACUGGAGAUGGAGUAAUAACAAUAGACGAUUUAAAAAAUGUUUACAGCGUUAAAUUCCAUCCACGGUAUAUUUCAGGGGAAGAAACUGAGGAGUCGAUUCUAAAGAAAUUUUUGAAUAAUUUCGAAUUGAAUGGAACUCCAGAUGGAAAAGUAACUAAUGAAGAAUUUUUAAAUUACUACAGUGCAAUAAGCGCUUCGGUCGACAAUGAUUGUUAUUUUGACCUCAUGAUACGACAAGCUUAUAAAUUAUAAAAACGUACCUGCCAAGUAUUGAUUGUCCCGGUUUACCCCAAGUUUUCCGCUUUGUUUGCACCACUUGAAUUAAUAAUAUUGUGAAGAUACCAUUAUAUUAAAAGAAAUUAACAUAAUAAAAAAACGACGUCAAAUGAAA